AUGAACGGAGCUUCAGAAGACGGCCAGUUAAACCCACGGAAGCAAAAUAUGGAAGCUCCAGGAACCGGUUCAACUCGCACACGCUUUCGCCACCCUGCCAAGCGCCACCCUGCCAAGCGCCACCCUGCCAAGCGCCACCCUGCCAAGCGCCACCCUGCCAAGCGCCACCCUGCCAAGCGCCACCCUGCCAAGCGCCACCCUGCCAAGCGCCACCCUGCCAAGCGCAACCCUGCCAAGCGCCACCCUGCCAAGCGCCACCCUGCCAAGCGCCACCCUGCCAAGCGCCACCCUGCCAAGCGCCACCCUGCCAAGCGCCACCCUGCCAAGCGCCACUCUGUCAAGCGCAACCCUGCCAAGCAAAGCACCUAA